AUGUUGAAACGAACCACCCGAUUGCUGGCCGCGCGCCCGUUUGCGACCGCGGCGCGCACCAAGUACGUGCUUGGCAUCGAGACGAGUUGUGACGACACGGCCGUCGCCAUCGUCGACUCGAACGGCGCGAUCCUCAGCGAGGUCGUCUCGUCGCAAUGGGCGCUGCUGGAAAAGUGGAAAGGCAGGCACACUCGCCGGUAUUACUGUAUUGUACCUGCUCUCGCCGCGCGAUCGCAUGAAGAGAACCUCCCACUCGUGCUACAGGCCGCCAUCGAGCAAAGCGGCCUUGAUGGCUUUGGCGCCUUGGACGCAGUGGCAGUGACGUCUGGCCCGGGCCUCGCACCGUGCCUCAACGUCGGUCUCUCGGCGGCCAAGGACCUCGUCGCCCGCCACAACUUAGAUUUUCUGGCCAUCAACCACUUGGAGGCGCACGCGCUCGUGCCCCGGCUUCUGAACGACGACGUUCACUUUCCCUUUCUCGUGCUCCUGGUGUCCGGCGGCCACUGCUCGUUGGUUCUCGCCAAAGACGUGGGCAGCUACGACGUGCUAGGAAGCACGGUCGACGACUCGGUCGGCGAGGCCUUUGACAAGGUCGCGCGUAUGCUCGAGCUCACGAGCGAGCGUGCCAAGCUCCAUGGCGGCGCACUCGUCGAGGCGGCCGCGCGCCUCGGCAACGACCGUGUCUUUCGCCUCACGGAGCCGAUGAAGAAGAAGAAGCGCAAGUUGGCGUUCGGCGUAGGACUGCGACUUUCGUUUGCGGGCUUGAAGACCGCCAUGAUGCGGCUCAUUGCCGAGCAUCAACCGCUGACGCCAACGACCAAGCACGACCUCGCGGCCGCAUUUCAACGCACGGCGAUCGCACACCUUGUGACGCGAACGAAGCUUGCAUGCGAGAUGACCACCGCGUCGCACCCAACGCUGCAGCACCUGGUGGUUUGCGGCGGCGUGGCUGCCAACACGACGCUGCGACGCGAGAUGGAGACGCUUGCGAGCGCCACCGGUCUUCGCGCAGUGUACCCGCCGCCGCGCUACUGCACGGACAACGGUGUCAUGAUUGCGUGGGCGGGCAUGGAGCGCUACGUUCGCGGCGUUCGCGACGACGCAGCCUCGACCAAGUACGCGCCGCGCUGGCCUUUGAACACCCUCCAGCCCGUGCCCGUGCCGCCAUGA